UUUAGAGCGAGUGCUCUAAUAUUAUAAAAAAAACAAAAAAGUCUGCUAUUAGUGCUAUACGUUACGCUAUUCCUAUUCGAGCACUUUUAGGUCUUCAAUUUUCUAGGCUGACGCGAAAUGGUUAGCAUAACACCUCAGUUUUUGAUUGAAUUUUGUGCGGGCUAGUUGACUUUUGUUCUUAGAAAUGGGAAAAGGCUGGUUCAACGGCACAACCCUAUUGUUGGGAUUUUGUAGUGCUGUCUAUAUCCUUUUUUUCACAUUUGCCGUACUAACUUUAGUCAUGUGUUAAGAAUAACUUGUAUCCUAUUAUCUUUAAUGCCAAUCUCUCAAUUUGGAAUGUAUAAUUUUUUAAGUUGUGGUUGACAAAAUGAAGCAUAUGGUUGGUUCCUAUCCGCCGAAAAAGGAGAUUCAGUUCUACUUGACCCCCGCCGAGGAGGCACCUUCAGGCACAUUUUCCCGCGGCACCUACUCGG